CAAUGCGCCCUUUACUAAAUUUCCACACCCUUUUGAAAACAACGUAUCAUUAUCAAACCCCCAUUUCCAUUCCAUUGCUCCUUCUUCUUUCCUUUCACUCUCAAAUCACCCAACCCAAAAUUUUCAAAACCCUUUCAUCCAGGAACGAACACAAAUUCUCCUUCUGCAAUUCGCUUCGAUCCACAACCGCUUCCACUGCAAUUUCAACAUCUUCAAUUUUCCAUUUCUCUGCUUCAACUCGUUCUCGUUUCAUUCGCCGGAUUUUGAUCUCUCCGCCUCACAAACCGUGGCUUCCUUACCCUAACAUUCUUCCUGCAUUGCUUCCCCGAGACAGUGUAGGUGUAGUUAAUCGAAGGGGGAACGAGUAUUGACGACUGAGCAUGCAGUGGGAACGGGAGGGAGGGGGGAAAGGGGGAACUGAAAGCAUAAAUGGGUUUCCUCGGGGAGGUGUCAACCGAAGAGAAGGCACACUUGAAGGUGGCUGGCUCGUAUCCGUGGUGAAGUGGUUCAAUGCUGUGCUUCCUGACUUUAAUCUUCCUUUAGAAACUUCAGCGGAGGAAUUUAGGGCAUGCUUGAGAGAUGGGUCUGUGUUGUGCAGCAUUUUGGAAAUUUGGUUUCCUGGUGCAUCAGAGGAAAGUAGCUAUUGGAAUGAGCCAGUUGGUGUUAAAAGGUUUCUGAUGGCUUUGGAUGAAUUGGAAUUACCGGGAUUUGAAUUGUCAGACCUGGAGCAGGGAUCCAUGGUGCCUGUGUUGCAGUGCCUUGAAACUCUAAGAACUCAUUUUGAUUAUAAUGAUGUGCGAGAAAAUAUCCAAAGUUCUAGAAAGAGGUGGGACCAGUCAAAUCCGACAUCCCUAGAGGAAACUCAUAAUUUCCUCAAAGAUGGUUCAAAUUAUCAACACACUGUGCAUGGUUCUGCUGUAUCAGAUGGAAUUGCUUCCGCAGAUUCUAUUGGAUUAAAGUCUAAUGAACUGUUCCAGUUGAAGCAAGGAUUGCACAUGGAUCUUUCAGAUGCUAAACUUGAUGAAUUAUUAAAAUCAAACAAUUUGGAUAAUGUCUCAACUAAAGUGCUUUUUAACAUAGGAAAUAAGAUCCUAAGUGAUAUCUUUGAAAGAAAGAAUGGAGAAGUACCUCAAGCUCAGCGUGCAACAUGGCUGUUGAGGAAAAUUCUGCAAGUAAUUGAGUUGCGUUUUUCAAAUCAAGCAGAAGGCAUGAAAAAUCAAAACAAUCUUUUCAAGGCUCGUGAGGGGAAGUACCAAACAAAACUAAAUGCGCUUGAAGCCCUGGCAGCAGGGGCAACUGAAGAGAAUGAGGUCGUUACAAGUUGGGUUCAGCAGUUGAAGUUUACUAUGCAGCUUGAACAAACUAAAUUUGAGGAGAAGAAGAAACUUGAAGAGCAGGAUUUUUCUCGAUUAAAGAAAGACAAAGUUCGUAAUGAAAUUGAAAUUUCUGCAUUGAAGCAAGAUUUGGAUAUGGCCAAAAGAACAUAUGAAGAACACGUUUCACAGUUAGAAUUACAAGCUGCUGAAUCUAAAGCUGAAUAUGAGAAAAGGAUAGUGGAACUUAAGCACCAGCUUGCUGAUGCAAGGAAGCAAGUCAAGGAUCUGGAGGCCUUUUCAGAAUCUAGAUCUCUGAAUUGGAAGCAUAAAGAGCAUACCUAUCAAAGUUUUGUAAAUUAUCAAUCUAAAGCUUUCAAGGAAUUGAGAGGUGCCUUGAAGUUUGUCAAAAAUGAAGUGAUAAAAACGAAAAGAGGCUACUUAGAGGAAUUCAAGUACUUUGGGAUGAAGCUCAAAGGUCUAGCUGAGGCUGCUGAAAAUUAUCAUGUCGUUCUAACCGAAAAUAGGAAGCUGUACAAUGAAGUUCAAGAUUUGAAAGGAAAUAUCAGGGUAUAUUGUCGAGUCAGACCAUUUCUUUCGGGGCAAAGUCAAAAUCAUACAACAAUUGAGUUUGUUGGAGAUGAUGGAGAACUAGUUGUUAGCAAUCCUCUUAAACAGGGAAAAGAAAGUCGCAGGCUUUUUAAAUUUAAUAAGGUUUUCGGUCAAGCAGCUAGUCAAGAGGAAAUAUUCUUGGACACUCAACCACUUAUUCGUUCUGUUCUUGAUGGGUACAAUGUUUGUAUAUUUGCUUAUGGUCAAACUGGCUCAGGAAAGACAUAUACGAUGAGUGGACCUAGCCUAUUAUCAAAAUCAGAUUGGGGAGUCAACUAUCGGGCACUUCAUGAUCUUUUCCAUAUCUCCCAAAGUAGAAGAAGCUCUAUUGUUUAUGAAGUUGAAGUUCAAAUGGUUGAAAUUUAUAAUGAACAAGUUCGUGAUUUACUAUCAAGCAAUGGUCCUCAAAAGAGACUUGGGAUUUGGAAUACUACCCAGCCAAAUGGGUUGGCUGUUCCUGACGCAAGUAUGCAUUCUGUGAAUUCAAUGACAGAUGUCCUCGAGUUGAUGAAUAUUGGUUCGAUGAAUCGGGCAACUAGUGCCACAGCCUUAAAUGAAAGAAGUAGCAGAUCACACAGUGUUCUCUCUAUUCAUGUUCGAGGAACGGAAUUGAAGACCAAUACGCUGUUGCGUGGGUGUCUACAUCUUGUAGAUCUUGCGGGAAGUGAAAGAGUGGAUCGCUCUGAAGCAACUGGAGAUAGGCUUAAGGAGGCUCAGCAUAUAAAUAAAUCACUAUCUGCUCUUGGAGAUGUGAUAUUUGCUCUAGCACAAAAGACUCCACAUGUUCCGUAUAGAAAUAGUAAAUUGACUCAACUUCUUCAGAGUUCGUUAGGUGGUCAAGCAAAAACCCUUAUGUUUGUACAGCUUAAUCCUGAUGUUGCUUCCUAUUCUGAAACUGUAAGCACCUUGAAGUUUGCUGAGAGGGUUUCUGGUGUUGAGUUAGGUGCUGCUCGUAGCAACAAAGAGGGAAGGGAUGUGAGAGAACUUAUGGAGCAGUUGGCAUCUCUCAAGGAUGCAAAUGCAAGGAAGGAUGAAGAGAUUGAGCGGUUGCAAUUUCUCAAGGCUGAUCACAAUGGUGCAAAGCUUGGAAUUGUCUCACCAAGGCAUGGGUCAUCAUCUCCAAGGAGACAUUCCAUAGGGACUCCCCGACUUGGCACUAGACUUUCAGGAGCAAGGAGCUUUAGAGCCAGUGAAAAAGCAGCUUCUGACAUGGAUAACUGCUCAGAGUAUAGUGACAAGAAUUCAGAAGCUGGCUCUCAUCAGUCAAUGGAUGAUUUCAGGAACAAACCCAGUUCCCUACGGUUGAAAUUAGCUAGUGAAGAUACCAGUCAAAAUUUGAAUGAGGACAUUGAACUCUUAAAAUUUGGAGAUGCGGAUUCGGAGGAGAGAUUAAGUGACAUAUCGGAUGGUGGUCUUUCAAUGGGAACAGAAACUGAUGGUUCAAUCAGCAGUAUUGUGGAGUACACUCUUUUCCCUGAACUCGAGAAGGCAGCUGAAACUACACCAGAUAAGGGCAGAACAGCUGACAACCUUCCACCUGAGAGCACAGAAAAGCCUGUUAUGCCAUCCAGAAUUCCGAAAGCUCCGCCACUCCAGCCAAAACUGCAGACAAGAACUUCUACUUCUAGGCUAUCAUUGAACAGAAGCUCAUCAAAGGUUUUGUCAAGUGUUAGGAAACCCACAGUUGGUAGCUCUUCGUCGGUGAAGCCUUCCAAUUCCAAACGUUGGCAAUAGUUAGGAUGCCACUUUGAUGCUGGAGAGUGCUUGUAGCAAUAGCCGAUAGGAACUUUUUAUUAAUGUUAGGUGUUCAUUCUAUUAAAUUGUACUCAAGGCUCAAGGGUUAUUGCUUAUUUCAGCUUCAAUCAGUUGUUGAAUGAGGCGAUUGCAAACUCUACCUUGUAACUAGUUUGUAUGUAAGCUUCAUGGUUUUCUCUGCCAUAUUACUUAGUUUGUUGUAUUUACAACUUUCCUUGA